AAAGGACGCAUGCGCGUGUCCUCCCUCUCCCCCCCCCCCAGCUUCUAGAUGUUGCGCAGGCGCGUUAGGUCCUGGUUGCUAUGCGGGUGCUCGUGGGUGGCGGGACGGGCUUCAUUGGGACAGCCCUAAGCCAACUGCUGAAAGCCAGAGGUCACGAAGUGACACUCAUCUCCCGACAGCGCGGCCCGGGUCGGAUCACGUGGGAUGAGCUCGCCACGUCGGGGCUGCCCCGCUGCGAUGCCGCAGUCAACCUGGCUGGAGAGAACAUCCUCAACCCUCUGCGAAGGUGGAAUGAAGCUUUCCAAAAAGAGGUUCUCAGCAGCCGCUUGGAGACCACCGACCUGCUGGCUAGAGCCAUCACCAAGGCCCCACAACCCCCCCAAGCCUGGAUCCUAGUCACAGGUGUAGCUUACUACCAGCCCAGCCUGACUGCUGAGUAUGAUGAGGACAGUCCAGGAGGGGAUUUUGACUUUUUCUCCAACCUCGUAACCAAGUGGGAAGCUGCAGCCAGACUUCCUGGAGAUUCUACACGCCAGGUGGUGGUACGCUCUGGGGUUGUGCUGGGCCGUGGGGGCGGUGCCAUUGGUCACAUGCUGUUGCCCUUCCGCCUGGGCCUGGGGGGCCCCAUCGGCUCUGGCCAACAGUUCUUCCCCUGGAUUCACAUCGGGGACCUGGCAGGAAUCCUGGCCCAUGCCCUUGAAGCAAGCCACGUGCAGGGCGUCCUGAAUGGAGUGGCUCCAGCCUCUACCACUACAAAUGCUGAGUUUGCACAGGCUUUAGGCACCGCCCUAGGCCGCCCGGCCUUCAUCCCUCUCCCUAGCACCAUUGUGCAAGCUGUCUUUGGACAAGAACGCGCCAUCAUGCUGCUGGAGGGCCAGAAGGUGAUCCCACGGCGGACACUGGCCACUGGCUACCAGUAUUCCUUCCCAGAGCUGGGGGCUGCCUUGAAGGAAAUCAUAGCCUAAGUGGG